AUGGACCCAUCAGCAGACACCACGCCCCCGGUAGCCGUGGGCGCGGCCGAAGCUGCAUCGUCGGCUGUUGAUCCUGCCGUGAGUAGCAGCGGCGGUGUGGCCGAGGCUGUGGCCAAGGGAGAGACUACUGCGGUGAGCGGGACUGCUGCUCCAGCAAUGGUUGCAUCGUCGCCAGCCACUGGUAGCGAGCCCGUCGCUGAUGCUGCGGUGACACCAGGUGGAACAACAUCUUCGGUGCCAGUCGGAACGUCACCUGCCCAUAAAGGCGACGGUGCGGGCGCCGGGGUUGCUGCAGCUGUCCCCGGCGAAGCUGUGAUGGGAGAAGGGCUGGGCGCCGGGAAGAUGUCUCACGGCGUUGGUGCUGCCGCCGCUGAGAGCCCCAAGCCCAAGAAGGACGAGCAUGCUGACAAGCACGCAGACCUCAAGAAAAAUGCCAUGAAAGCGGUGAAGAUGGCUUACAGCCAGUACAAGAAGCACAAGAAGAAGAAGAAGAAGAAGAAAAAGUACGGCAGCACUACCCACGGCUCCUCCUCCUCCGGCGGCGGUUCCCACGCCGUGAGCGAUAUCAUGGGCGGCAUCGGUGGUGGCGACGGUGGCGAAUCGAGCUCCUCGUCGAGUUCGGAUGACGAUGGCGACAUGAUGGACUCCAUCAAGGGGAUGUUGGGAUCUCUCGGAAUGGACUCUGAUAUAUCGCUCUCGAAGAUGGCGCACUCGUUUGGGCUUGGAGGUGAUGGGUCCAGCUCGUCUUCGUCCUCGGAAGCGGAGGAUGACUGA